CGUAGUUAGAGGUUGUGCUGCUGCGUCCCUCGUAGCACUCUCGGAUCCCUUAGUCGUCCCUUGGAAGCCAACAUUGGGACGAGGGACUGGGUACGUCUGUGAUAAGAUUUUUCAGUCAGUGGAGAGUAAUCGCGCGAGUUGCUGGCUUGCUCUCCUACUACUUGGUCAUGCCAGGAUCAUCUACUCCAUCCGGCUACCUUUCUGCACUUCAGACCGCGAAGCGAAUCCCAUCGGCAGGGACGUACUAUUUCUUGCAAUGCCCAGCUAUGUUGAUCGCCCCAAAGAACUCAUUGCAUGUCGCUGGCGACCAUCAGUGAUAUCAGGAUUUCAUUUGCAGUAACCACUCCCGGGCCCAAACACUGCUAGAAACUAUGAUCGGGUUGUUGUGAGCCAGCCCUCCUUUCGCUGGAACCCAAAGGUCUGUGAGGGGGAGAACCCGCGGGAUGCUAGCAUAGGGGCGUUGGACAGUGGACACUGGCAUGCAGCUUGACAUCCGAUGCUGCGUACACUUUUCCUUCCCGUCUUCCGGAAUCCGAGGUUUUUAAUCAGGAGAACAUCAAUUAUUUCCAGGGGAAACGACUCUGAGUUUGUGAAAUUGAGCGGUCCACUAUAUAAUACGUAUCAUGUGUGGUCAUUUCAUAACUGGAUCAAUUAUAUCGUAUGUUCCGAAAUCGCAAUUACCGUUAAGUUGAAGUGAAGAGGAUCUAGUAUCCCCUCCUUGACUCUUGGGAAUAAAGAUGAUACACGGUUUUCGAAAAAAAAAAAAAAAAAAAGCACUCGUUCUUUGCUGUUGUGAAUAAAUACGCGGACCUAGCGCUUGGUUUUCCAGUUCGGGUAUGUUGUUUAUUUACCUUUAGCCUAAUCGGGCAAUUCUCAACCUCCCGAGGUCAAGAGCUAUAACAAAAGAGAUACGAAAUGCCAGUUUCUUUCUGUUAAAAUAUGUUUACAAAGAGGAAUAAGAAUAAGUUUGAGUGCUGCGCAUUGACAGCGAUUUUCAUUCUGCAAUAAAGCGUUCCCCCCACUCCAAGCACGACGCUAAGAAUCGCGUCCAGCAUUGACCGCCCAACAACAACCAGACGAAGUGUCUAAAUUGUUGGCGCCCAAAGGCCCCUUUCAACCAGCCAGUAUUAUUAUUUAGCAAAGGUUAACGCGUCUAGUUUGGGGAUUCUUUCACUACUGUUCCCCCCCAGUCCUAAAUAGCGGCGUUGUUUUGAUUUUGCCAAUUGGACGAUCUGCUGUCCGCGCGGAAAUAUAUAUGUCUCCUGCACCCCAGGUUUUAACGGGUCUUUUGCCUAAAUCAUAAUUCGCUCAGCUUCCUUUGUCCAGUCUGGGCGAGAAAAUUCAUGGGGAAAAAGAGAGUGCAUGCAUAGUUGUUAGGGAGCUUUUGUUGUGUGAACUACCUGACAUUCUACAGGGCAAUUAUUACGCGUCACUGUGGUUGAAAGCAAAGGGUGGUGACGGGAGUAAGACUAUAUAUCAAUUUCCACUCUUUUGCUGUGGAAAUAUGAACUAAGAGGCUGGUGCAGGGAGAUUGAGAUUCGCAUUCCUCUAUGAUUUUGUUUCUUGACCCAAUAAAAAACCAUUAAGUGUCACGGAACAGUCGCAGGUGUCAGUUCCAGUCACGGAAGGGUACCAUGGCCGCUAAAAAUAAUUGCCCGGCCAGCAGGCGAAAUCACAGUCCAUAUUCUCCAGCACCGGCGGAGAGCAAUAGCAGGCAGACAGGAAAUGCUGCAGGAAGCAUUAUCUCAUCACGACCAGUUCUCAUGGAACCGCGAACACCGUCGAGAAAAGCGAAGGUUGCGAAAAGAGUGCGCUUUUCAGACCCAGGUCCUCCCGUUGAAUCGUUAUCCAGUUACAUAGAUAACAGCCUGUCAACUGGUUUAACCCCAGCGAUCAAACGGACGAGGAUUGAAUCUCAGGACUCCCCAUCCUCCAGAGAACGUAAUGCCAAAAAUCUGCGUCGCCGUCGCUCAGAACCCACUCCGCGGGCAGACAAUAAUGGAUUAAAGUAUGAAUUGCCGGAGCUGCCAUCUGAGACACAAACGUUCCAGUUUUUGCCGUUUAGUGCAAUACUUGAUCCCAGAGCUAGACGGCGCAUUGCGCGGUUUGGGCUUAGUGAAGAGAUGAAUUACAUUAUGCAGAGGAAAAAGGAGGAAGAGAAAGCGGAAAAGGCCAGAGAAGAGGAGCUGAUGAACCUGCGCCGAGAAUUAAGCGCCCUAAGAGAAGUGAAAACCGAAGCUCAGGACGACAGCGUACCCCGUACCCCGGAAAGAGUUAGAGAGUUGUCUAGGGCACGACAGAGAAUUGAGGAAUUGGAGGCGCUCUUGAGGAGGUAUGAGGACUCAGCGCGCGCGGAUAGUCCAUGGAUGUCUCAAACUGCAAACGAGGAUGAGGAGAUGAUAUUUAUCGGUGAUGACCUGACAACGAUGGACAAUGAGAUGCUCACCACUUCAUCAAGUCCCAUUCCUCCUUCCCGCUUUACUCCGAGCCACUUACGCACAUCCGACGCGUCGACACAGGUUGCUCUUCAAGACAAAGAGCAGGAGGCAGAGAACAACUCUCUAAAUGCGCAACUCCACAAUAUGAGACAGGAAAAGCGCGCCCUUUUCAGGGAAUGGCGCGCGCUUGUUGGCUCCAAUGAAGCGGGUGCAAGGGACCGACCCCCACUUGACAGCGCUCUAGACAGUCCAGCUUCCCCACCACCAAACUUUUUGCCUCAAAUCGCCACUACUUUACGCAAAGCCCUAUCUCAAGAAUCUCGAGCUAUUAAAGCACUGGAAAAUGUAGCGAAAGACCUCUCUGGGCACGGUUUUUAUGGUACCAGCGCAUCUGAAAUACUCGCAAAUAUGGGUGCCCGAUUUCGUCAAGCCAGAAUUGCACUCGAACGAGCUGUGCCUGGCGAGACUGCGAAUGGAGAUCUAACCAAUUGGAAGCAAAUUAUUGACAUGCUUGUCCAGAGAAUAAACAUCUUGGUCCAGGAUCUUGCGUCGACCAAGGAACAAGUUUCUGGUUGUGAAAAUCGAGAAGCAGCGCUGCGAAAUCAGUUUAAUAUGACAUUACAUCGCUUGGAACAGGCAAGUAAGAAGAACAAGACACUCGAGGAAGCCAGUGAUUCUAUGGCAGAAGACCUGAUGCACGUUCGGAUGAAGAUGCAGAAGUUAGAGCAAGACAUGAGUGUCUUAGAAACCGACAAGGCCCGCCUCAACAACGCAAUUGAAAGAUAUAGAGCUGAUCUCAAGAUCCUGGAAGAGCUGAAUAUGAAGCUCGAAGAUGAUACUAUCUCCUCCAUGCAAAAAGUCACCGAGCUUGGACAAGCGAACUCGGCCUUGAUGGAGGAAAACGAGCGGUUCAAGCAAAAGAUCACUGAGCUCGAACAAAGCGAGGUCGACCAAGGAGCCAUCCGUGAAGAGAUGCAGAGGUUACUCGAACAGCGCACAGCAGAGCUAACGUCUCUCGAAUCGAAGAUCGAACAACUAAAAUCCGAACACGACCAAGCCAUCACUUCCCAGUCAAGCAGCCAUGAGAAACAAAUGGGCGCAAUAAACGUCCGUGUUUCGUUGCUCACCAAUGCAUUGAAUGAGGCCCAAUCGGAACUACACACCCUACGUGCGGAUAAGACACGCUUGCAGAUACGACUAAACUCUCUACAACAGCUAUUUUCUCGGGAGACCAUUCAUGCCGCGAAGGAAAGGGCCAGCGCCACCGUCCAGGAACUCAUGGAAUGGGAACGAGGAAUGUCCGCUUUAUACGCUAGCGGUAUUGGUAGCCCGCAGAGUCAGAAUGGUGGACAGAAAGAUAGUCCUGACGGCAAUGGCUAUCGUAGCAUCACGAAUGAUAAUAGGGAUGGGUUCGCGGCUAUUGGGAGCGAACCGAUUACACCUUCUUGCGAUAGGUAUGUGAAUGUGGAGAUCCACCGAGGGAAGAAAAGGAGGAGAAGACGCCCGGAUUCUGCGAUUCAUAUUGUAGAAGAAGAGGCGGAUGGGGAAGGUGAGGAUGGUUUUGAAGAUUCCGGUAUUGCGGACAGGUCAUAGUUAAGGGAACAUGGUUACACGCUGCACUGUCAGUUCACGUUCCUUUGUUAUUUUAUUUGAUAUCUCAUUUGUCUUCUUUUGGGUGUUGGCAGCCAUUUCCCCUCUUUCAUUAUUCCAUAAUCUACUUUGGUCAUCUUGUCAUACUAUAUAUGCUGGAAUAUUUGUAUUGGGAUUCCUUACAAUUCUGUGCUUCUUUCUGUUACUUCUGGAUAUGUACGCAAUGUCAGGAUAUAGAUAUCGUACAAUAUAGUAGCCUUCUUUAAUUCGCCAGCGUUCCAGCUGAUUAUCUCGGGGGUCCAUCGUGUCCUUGAAUGGCAAUAGCAGUAGCAGAGUACAACUUGCG